AUGUGUCAAAUAAACCAAGAGUUGCUCCAAGAACUAGAGGAGGAAAAUAAAGCUCUGCGAUCUGAACUGAGAUCCACCAUAGCAAGCACCCAACAGCUUCUGAGUCUAGAAAAUGAGAUUCGGAGACUGAAAUCAGAGAGCAGCAGGUAUCAGGCUGAGGUUUUGAGACUGAAGGAUGUGGAUCUAAAGCUUAAUCAGGUGGAACAGUUUUAUCACGAGGAAAAGAAGAAUUUCCGGUGCACAAUCGAGGAUACCCUCUUGACACUUGAAGACUUCAGAAAAGAUAAAGAGAAUCUAGAACGCGAACUGUUGGAAUUAGAAGAAUUGCUGAAAGAUGCAGAGCAGAAGAAAGGUUCUCUUCGGGAAGAGUUGGUGGAAAAUAAUACCCUUCUGAAAAACAAUGUGGAAAAACUAAAGUUAGAGAUUGAAACGAGACAGUCAGAAAAUUCGAUGCUUCAAACAAGAAUAUCUACUGUUGAAGAAAACUGCAGUUUCCUUGAAGGACAAGUACAAGCUCUGGAUCGAGACAACCACGAAAAAGCACAAAUUAUCACCGCUGCAGAACAACAUGCAAAGGAUAUGGAAAGAGAAUUAGCUACAUUGAGAAAAGAAAAUGCAGCACUACACUCCGAGCAACACAAAAUAGAGCCGUUAGAGCAUGAGUUGGAAGAGCUUAAGUCUAAUCUUGCUUCUUUAAAGGAAGAGAAACCAGCGCUUCAGUGCAAGGUAGACAAAGCGGAGGAAGAAAACAGUCAGCUUCACUCACGUCUCUCUGAACUGGUAAAGUCUCACACGCUGCUAGAGGAGAGUGUCCAGAACAAGGACAGAGUGGUGAUCAGUAUGCAGCAGGAGCUGGAUAGUCUCAAGAAAAUAUCUGCUCUGGAUGCUACCCAUGCAAAAGAAAAAGAGGGCGAAGCCAUGAAAGAAUGUGAAGAUUUGAAACAAAAGAACUGUCAGCUGUCAGAAAAAUUAGAAAAACUGAAAAGUGAAAUGGAAUACAUUGAACAGGCGUUCUUUAGAGGUUGGUCAGACCAUAUUGAUGAAUACUCCAGCGAAGAAUCAAAAAGUGUUACUUUCCAAGACCAGUCCAAAUCACCAUCAUCUCAAGCCUUCCCCAAGGCAGAGCGGAUCAUACAGUCAAUAAAACUAGACAGACAAAAGCUUAAGGCAAAGCUUGUGAGAUCAGUGCAGGAUUCAAAAACGUUACACGCCCAGCUUCGUGACACCCAAGAAGCUUUGGAGAGGGAAAGUGCAGGACUUGCUAAAAGAGUUAGAGAAGCUCUGACGAAGCUUGAGGAGAGUGAAGUCAAAAGUCACGUUCUGGAAAGAACUGCAAAGAACUUGUCCAUUCAGGUGGAGGAAUUGAACGUGGUGAACAAAAGCUUGGAGCUAGAAAAUUACCACCUUAAGAAGCUUAAUGAGACUUAGAAAUCUGCUUAAAGCCCCCACAACUUACAAAAUUUACGCGUACAGUUACUUGAUUAGAUUUCUGGGAUGACUAAAUUUGCAAAAGAUAAACAAUCAAACGACGAAAAAUGGUAAAUUGAGAUCAAAAGACAUGCACUGUGCGAACAUGAAAAAAGCCAAACCUUAUUCGAAGUUGAAAUUUAUUUCUUGGAUAUAUUUUUAAUUAGCAUGCUGAACUAAAUACUUCAAUAUUAAAUUAGCACUAAAUAACAAGAAGAACGUUGCACUUUCAAUUAUAAUUUUUGUUUUUAGUUUC